UACUUUCUCCUUCCCAUUUUCUGACGAAAACAAUGGCAGUGGGAGAGCUCUUUCUUUCUGCAUUCCUUCAAGUGUUGUUUGACCGAUUGGCGUCUCCUGAGUUGCUGAAAUUUGCUCACUGAGAGGGACUUCGAAAACAGCUGGAAAAGUGGAAAAAAACGUUGACAAGAAUUCAAAAGGUGCUUGAUGAUGCAGAGGAGAAGCAACACAUUGAAAGGUUAGUGAAAGAUUGGCUUGAUGAUCUCAGAGGCUUGGCCUACGACGUGGAAGAUAUAUUGGAUGAGGUCGCCACGGAAGCAGCUUUGCGACGUACAUUGAUGGCCACUAAAAGUCAAGCUAGCUCUAGUAAGGUACGGAAUCUCGUCCCUUGUUGGUUUACUGGUUUAACUCCAAGUGCCGUUAAGAUCAAGAUUAGACUUGGGUCAAAAAUAAAGAAAAUCACUGCUAGAUUUAAUGAUCUCGUGACACAAAAAGAUCAAUUGAAUUUGAAGGAAAAUUCUAGUCCGAGACCAAGCAAAAGAAGAGAGAGACCUCCCUUAACUUUCGCAGUGACUGGAGAUCCAACAUACGGUAGGGUGGAAGUCGCAGAGGAUAUACUUCAAUUAUUGGUUAGUGAAAAACAUGGUGAUGCUUUGAAUGAAGUUAAGGUGAUUCCUAUCCUUGGUAUGGGGGGUAUCGGAAAGACAACAUUGGCCCAGCUGGUUUACAAUGAUAAAAAAGUGGAGAGCUUUUUCCAUCUGAAAGCAUGGGCUUGUGUUUCUGAAGAUUUUGAUAUUGCUAAAGUCACAAAAACGAUUUUACAAUCUAUGAGCAAGGAACUAGACUGUGCUGACAAAUAUCUAAGUUGGUUGCAAGUUGAAUUGAAGAAAAUACUACAUGAGAAAAGGUUUCUAGUAAUUGUUGAUGAUGUUUGGAACGAGAACUACAAUGAUUGGACUCGCUUGCAUGCUCCAUUUAAAGCAGGGGCUCCAGGAAGUAGUAUUAUCGUCACAACUCGUAAUAAGGGAGUAUCAUCACUAAUGAGAAACAAGGAAGUUGAGCCUUUUCAGUUGGAGUUGUUGUCAAAUGAAGCUUGUUUGUCCAUAUUUACCCAUCAUGCAUUGGAAGCAAGAGACUUCAGUGCCCAUCCAAACCUUAAAGAUAUUGGUGAGGAACACGUUAGAAGGUGUAAAGGCUUGCCAUUGGCAGUAAAAACUAUUGCAGGAGUCAUACGCAUUAAACAAAAAGUCCACAAUGAGUGGGAAAAAGUUUUGAGGAAUAAGAUAUGGGAUAUUCCAGCGGAACAAAGUGGAAUUCCUUCCUCUCUUAUGGUAAGCUAUGACAAUCUCCCUUCACAUUUAAAGAGGUGCUUUGCAUACUGCUCAAUACUACCAAAGGACUAUGAAUUUGAGGAGAUGGAGGUGGUUAUAUUAUGGAUGGCAGAAGGUUUGAUUCAACCACGACAAGAUGAAGAGGAAAUGGAAGAUUUGGGUUUCGAGUAUUUUUACGAUCUGUUGUCAAGGUCAUUUUUCCAAAAGUCACGUAUUAAUGAAUCACAAUUUGUGAUGCAUGACCUCAUCAAUGAUUUGGCUCAAUCGGUUGCAGGCGAUAUGUGCUUUAGAAUGGAAGAUAGGGUUGGAGGUAACAAGCAUGAGAAUAUUCCUAUAAAGCCACGCCACUCAUCUUAUUUGGGAAGUGGAUAUGAUGUAGCUAAAAAGUUUGAGGUUUUUUCUAAAUUCAGAAGUUUACGUACAUUCUUACCUCUCGUGCUACCAUAUCCAGGUGGUUGCUAUUUGUCUCAUCAUGUUCAUUUUGAAUUGGUUCGAACAUUACGUUGUUUAAGGGUGUUAUCUUUCAACGGAUACUGGAUAACGGAGCUACUGGAUUCUACUGGUGAUUUAAAGCAUCUGCGGUACCUUGACCUUUCCAAAACUAGAAUUAGAAGCCUACCAGAAUCAAUAGCUACUCCUUACAACUUACAAACAUUGUUGUUGAAAGACUGUACUCGUCUAAAAAAAUUACCUUCAAUGUUUCGAAACUUGGUCAACUUACGCCACCUCAACAUUGAAGAUGCAAAUAGUUUGGAAGGAAUGCCUAUGCAAAUAGGUAAACUAACUUGUCUCCAAAUACUAUCUAAUCUAGUUCUGGGAAAAGACAGUUACUCUGGAAUAAAGGAGCUUGGACCUUUGAAGCAUCUUCGAGGGACACUUUGCAUUUCAAGAUUAGAGAAUGUGAUUGAGCCUAAGGAUGCAAAGGAUGCUGAAUUAAUUAAAAAGACAAAAAUUAGUGUGUUGUCGUUGAAAUGGAGUGGGGACAUUGAUGAGUCGAAAGACACGACAAGUGAACUAGAGGUACUAAGUGGGCUAUGGCCUCACAACGCUUUGUUUGACGAAGUUGAGUAUAAGUAACUAUGGUGGUACAAAAUUUCCGAAUUGGUUAAGAUCUCCUUCAUUUCCUGAUAUGGUCUCCUUGAGAUUAGGAAAUUGUUACAAGUGCACAUCAUUACCUCCAUUGGGGCAAUAUUUGCCAUCACUCAGAAAUCUUUGGAUCUAGGGCAUGUCUAAUGUGAAGAGUGUUGGUUCUGAAUUCUGUGGUGGUAAUUUAGAGACUUUGCAUUUCGAAUACAUGGAUGAGUGGGAGAAUUGGAGUCCUUGUGAAGAAUUCCCAAAUCUGCAUCGGCUUUACCUUCAUCAUUGUCCGAAGCUAUUAGGGAAGAUACCAAACAACCUUCCUUUACUAAACGAAGUUAAGAUAAUUGGUUGUGCGCAGUUGGUGGUCUCACUUUCAUGCUUUCAAGAUAAAUGCAAAUUUAUAAUUGAGAGUUCCUAAGGGGUGGUGUGUGAAAGCAAGGCUACAUUUAAAUCAAUAACAUUCUUGGGAUCAGUUUCACAAAUACUUCAAGGGCUUGAUAUGGAAGGUUUGUUAGAAUUGGAAGAGUUGUCUAUUUUCGGUUUUCCCCAACUAGUCUCUUUGGUGGCAGAAGAAGUUGAUCAAGAGCAUUUCCAGCCAUCAUUACCCAAGGCAUUGAUGUACAACAACACGUGUCUUCAGUCUAUUUAUAUUAGCCGUUGUGAUUCGCUAACGCAUUUUGCAAGAAGCCAUCUGCCUCCAACUUUAAAGUGGCUACAUAUAGGGCACUGCAAGAGUAUGAGGAAAUUGGUGGAGGAUGAUGAUAAUGAUACAAACAAUAGUACUACUUGUAGUAGUGGCAUCACAUCUCUUCUUAAGUACUUGCAAGUUAUGAAUUGUCCAUCCCUUGAAUCCUUAUCAUCAAGCGGGGAGUUACCUGCCACGCUUCAACUCCUCCUUAUUAUGGAUUGUCAGAAGCUGGAGUCAGUAGCCAAGAGUUUUCAUCAUAACUCAUUUCUUACAACUAUCUCCUUCGACAAUUGUGAAAAUCUUCAAUUCUUGAACGGCAUACACAACCUCACCUCGCUUCAAUAUUUGAAAAUAAAGAAUUGUCCGAGCAUUUUAUCAUUUCCCAAAGAAGGUCUUCCCCAAAUCUAACAAGACUUGAGAUCUCUCAUCUUAAAACCACUGAAGCCUUGUUCUAUUGGGGGCUGGAGAACCUCACUUCUCUUAAUGAACUUGAAAUCUGUGGAUUUCAGCAUCUGGUGUCCUUUCCAGAGAUGACGUUGCCUACCUCUCUAGCAAGCCUCCGCAUCUCAGAAUUCUUGAAUCUAGAAUGCAUGUCUUCUGUGUGUUUAAGAAAACUCACCACUCUUAAAACACUCCAGAUUUCUGACUACAACAAGCUCAUGUGUUUUCCAAAGGAUGGCCUGCCUCCCUCACUUCUAUAGCUUUAUAUCUCUUCUUGCCAAAAGUUGAUGUCCUUACCAAAGAAUGGCCUACAUGCCUGCCUCCCUACAGAAACUUGAAAUCUUACAAUGUCCUUUGCUGGUAGAAUGCUGCAAGAAAGAUCAGAGAGGAGAGUGGCACGGGAUAGCUGACAUCCCUUGUGUUCGAAUUUAAGGCUUACAAACGGAGGAAUAAAUCCCAAGGCAAGUUUGAAUGGUGGCAUUGGGGAGAUCCCGUCACUCCAAUUGCAUGUUGCGACUCUGGUUGAUUGUUCAAAAGACUGACACAAGUUGUUGCAACUUCUGACUGCCAUUUGAAAAUUGGAUGUGCAAACUCAAUUUAACAUUUUAGAGACCCAAAAUUGAGACUCACGUUUGCUGAAGAUCACGGCUGCUUUGAAGCCAUUGCAGAAGCCAAUAACCAGUUCUCAAGUUCCCAGGCCAAGCAUAUUCACAGGCAGUGGCCGUUAGAAGCCUUUGCCAUUACAAAUUGCAGAAGAAGCAGGCUAGAAGAGCAAACUAUACCAUCAUACUCUCUGUCAUUGGACUGCAAAAAUAUGGGGUGAAGUUCUAGGUUGCCUUGG